UCUGAGGGUUUUGCAAGAAGCUUAAAUCAUGCCAUCAAUUCUUGAUACAUCUCCCAUUACAAGGUGGGGAAGAAUAGAGUGGUAUCCCAUCUUGCUUUUGCAUAUUAUCUUAUUAUCUUUCUUAAGAGAGACCUUAGGAAUAUCCUAAGAUUCAGACACCUUCUGGAUAGCUAUCUUAAGGCUUCAGGACAUGAGGUUAAUAAAAAGAAAAGCAGGAUAUUCUGCAAGAAAGGGAGAAGAGGCUUAUAUAUUAGCAAGCUGGAAGAUACUUUAGGGUCUAAGGUGGGAAACCCUCCUUUCAAAUACUUGGGCUCUACUAUCACUUGUGGUAAACUCAAAAAGACUCACUGUGAUCACAUUCUUCACCAUUUUGAUGCUUAUAUCAACAAUUGGUAUAGUAAAGAGCUUAACCCUAUGAGUAGACUCAUUCUUAUCAAGCAUGUCCUAAGUGCAAUUCCUAUGCAUACCCUUGCUAUCCAAGAUCUUCCUAAAUCCAUUAUUGGGACCAUUCAUGGCAAACUGGCUAACUUCUUCUGGGGGAGCAAACAAGGAAGGAACCAUUACCAUUGGGCCAAAUGGGACACACUAACUAGACCCACUGGAGAGGGAGGUCUGGGGAUCAAGAACUUGGAAGAUAUUCAGAAAGCCUCAGCUUUAAAACUUUGGUGGAAGUCUCUUACAGGGGAUUCUCUCUAGGCCAGAUUUAUGAAGAACAAAUAUACAAGGGAAGGAACUUUUGAGGCUAAGAUUUAUGACUCUGCUUCUUGGAAAAGAAUUUGUAGAAUCUCUCCUAUCGGUUUACAAUUCACUACAAUUACCAACCAGAAUGUUAGUUGGGUCAAUGGUAAUUUCUUCUUCAAAGAAGCAUAUUGGGCUAUUAGAGAGAGGGAUGUCAGCACUCAAAUCAACACACUGACUUGGAAUAAGUUCCAAAUCCCUAAAAUUAAGCUUUUCACUUGGAAUGCUCUUAACCAAUAUUUACCCUUCCCUAAUAUUCUCAAUAGAUUGUCCUAUAACAUGCCUAGCAAAUGCCCAUUUUGCUUACCUGUGAUUUAUCAAGGAGUAUCUGGAAAGACUUUGCAGAUUACUAUGGUGCCAACCAGGACUAAUGCGAUGGAUCUUAGAGAAUACAUGUUGGAGUGGUGGGUGUCACAUAGCAUGUAACGCCCCAAAAUAUACCCUAAAACUUAUUGAACUAAAUAUUCAAUUAAUCAAAUUUGUUUUAAUAAAUUAUUGUUGGCCUUUGGGCCAAAAUAAAAUGUAUUUUGAUAUCCAAUAUCAUAAUCAAGAUAAAUCUCAUAGAGGUAAAUCCAACGUGUUGACUUAUUGUGUGAUCUUAUUUGGGAACCUGGGUACAGACCAAAGUUAAGAGUAAAUAGAGAAUUUGUUUCUUAAAUGAACUUUGAAAUGAAUUCUUGAAAUAAACCAUGAGAAUAAAUUUAAUGUGAGAACAUUUUAUGAUAAAAGUCAACUAAACCAAUUUUGACUUUGUCACCAAAAAGUGUAGCCUGACUGGGACUAAAAUUAGUCCCAAUCAGGGACGGCGCCUCCUACUCCACUCAGCCGAUGGAAGAUACGUUCCUACGCAAAUCCUACGCAGCAUUGUUUGGUUUCUUCCUCCAUUCCUUCCCUAUAUAAGACCACCUUCACUCCCUCAAUUCUCCAUCAUUUCUCACAAUUCUCAUAUCAAUUUUGUUGCUGGGAGUGAGGAGAACGCAGUGGUGCUAUCAUAUUGGUGAAAGGUCGCUGGAGUUGGGAGUAAUCGUCGCCGGAAGUUUCGCCGGAAAAUAUUCAAAACCUUCAUUUACCUUCGAGGUAAGCCCGUAGAUAUAUCUAAUGACUAGAAUGUUCAUAUAGGUCAUUUUUACGUUCAUAAAUGGUCAUUUGGUUGAGUUUUGUGUUUGACAUGUUUAAAGAACCAAGAAACAUAAACCUUGAAUUUGAUGUUAAAAAUAUGUUUUAGUAAUUCUAAUAUGAUGUAUGAACCUUGGAGAACAUCUCUAUAUAGUUUAAUUGAAGUUCGGUGACUAAAAAUGGUUUUCCCGAAAAAUGGACCGAGGUUGAAGACGAAUGAACAGUGGCUGAAAAUCCACAGAGUGGAUCGAUCCCCUUCAUUGGAUCGAUCAUCUAGGAGUUUUUCUUCUAGUUGGAUCGAUCCAGAGGGCUGGAUCGAUCCUCCGAAACUCUGGUCCGGAAAUUUGUCUGAAAUUGCUAUUUUUGAGCUCUAAUAUCCUACUUUUGAUACCAAUUGAUUAUGAUUUGAAAUUGCUAUUUUUAAACGUCUUGUUGAAUGAUCAUUGUGAUGAAUAAUUGUUAUGAAUGAUUAUGAAUGAUAAACCUACUGAUUAGAAUGAUUAUUGAUGACUUAAUCAUGAUUAAAAAUGGACAUAUUGAUAAUCAUAAUGAGAAUGUAUUGUUAAGGAUAUCUAGAACAACUUUAAGAUAUACCCAUAAUGAAAUUGAUGUUGAAAGGUAUCUAGAAGAAAUCCAAGAUAUACCUAUUUAAGUUAGGCCUUCCGGGUAUGAUGCCCAGUGGCUGGGGUUAAAACGUAUGUACGGGAUCGAAGAACCAAACUUGAGUACCUACUCGUUUGGGGGUACCACCCAACCCAACAGUGAACACUACCAUACGCUGUUGGUUUUUGGUUGACCUUAAGCGAAGGUAAGUUUAAGAUUUGAAAACUCUUUUUAAAAUACUCCGUAUAUCUUAAACUAGGCCUAGCUUAAGGAUUAGGAUAUCUUGAACUAGAAUCAGUUUAAGAAUGGAAUUGGCCUUAGACUAAGUAUAG